UUUUGCCAUUUACGGUUAGUCUGGAUUUGACAAAGACACUGCAUAAAAAGAAGAGCUCAACGGACGAGGAGCAACACCAGUCAGGAGGACCAAAAAAGAAAGAUAACAGUCAGGGAGGAUAGACAAGUCUCCAUGUUCCAGCUGCCCAUCUUAAAUUUCAGCCCCCAGCAGGUUGCGGGGGUCUGCGAGACGCUCGAGGAAAGCGGCGACGUGGAAAGGCUCGGGCGCUUCCUCUGGUCACUUCCCGUGGCGCCGUCCGCCUGCGAAGUGCUCGGAAAGAACGAGUCCGUCCUGCGCGCGCGCGCUGUCGUGGCCUUUCACGAGGGCAACUUCCGCGAGCUCUACCACAUAUUGGAGAACCACAAAUUUACCAAGGACUCGCACGCGAAGCUGCAGGCGCUCUGGCUCGAGGCGCAUUAUCAGGAAGCUGAAAAACUCCGUGGGCGUCCUUUAGGACCAGUGGACAAGUACCGCGUGCGAAAGAAGUUUCCAUUGCCUCGAACGAUAUGGGACGGCGAACAGAAAACCCACUGCUUUAAAGAGAGGACGCGGCAUCUGUUGAGAGAGUGGUACCUGCAGGACCCUUACCCGAACCCGAGUAAAAAGAGAGAGCUGGCGCAGGCGACUGGACUCACAUCCACACAAGUGGGCAACUGGUUUAAAAACCGGAGACAGAGAGACCGGGCUGCAGCGGCCAAGAACAGGCUACAGCAGCAGGUUCUGUCCGGUGGCUCGGUCAGAUCGCUGGGGGACGAUGACACAACAGUAGACCGUCUGGGUCCUUCCUCAAGCCCUGAGUGUUGUAAAAGUCUGACUCUUAGAUCAGCAGCGCAAGGUCUCUGGAAUUUUGGAUUCAGAGAAGCACUAUCUCACAGGGCAGAAAGGCCUCGCCAUUUGGAUAUAAUGUAACAAAGGUAUCACUGAGGACUGCUAAACACCUGCUCUUCUUAUCAUAAAAUAAGCAUCUAAUUAGUUUAUUAUCCACCAGUCUACAAGUCUUUCUAGAGUAUCUCAGUGUCCUGUGAACACUGACACACUUAAACUAUACAGAAGCUACAUGUGCAGUUUAAAGGCUCAGUUUCCUCAUUAACAAGAGCAGUUUCUCUUUCUUUCUCUGGGAUUUUCCUUUUAAUGUUCAGAUUUUUAAGGUAUAGAUUGACCGAUUUUUAAUUCUAAACACAUUAUUAAAUUGGUGGAAUUGUCAGAUAGAUUUUUAUUUAUUUAUUUUUUAGAAUGUAGUCUCAAUACCAAGCCAUUUUGAUAACAUUAUGUGAUGCCUAACAUUACCACUAGAUAGCAGAAGAGACUAUGUUUUACAGUGAGUAACAGACUGUAACCACAGUAAUUAAGAUCCUACCGACUUGUGCUGACAUCAUGAUGACCAUACAUUCAAUGUGUUAGUAAAACAAAGAGUUUGGAGAUUUAAAACGUACAAGUGUUGUGUACAUUUUUGUGAAAGAGAAAUGUGUGUAUAUGGAUGCUCGUAAAUUUUCUCCUUUGUGU